GGCGCGCGCGCCCGCCGCUGAGGGCGCCGCCCGCCGGCACCUGCCUCCCCCGGGGUCCUUUAACCGCCACCGGCGCCCCGGGGCGCGAGCGGGUGCCGCCGCUCCCCUCAGCCGCCCGGGGACAGCCCUGCCGCCCCGCUCCCGCCGCCUUUGUGCGCCGCAGCCCCCGCGCUCGCCUGGGGGGGUGGACAACCUGCUCCGCGCCGCUCCCCGCCCCCGGCCCCUCCUGCCUCGGUCCCCGUCCCCCAGCCGCACCCCUCCAGCGGAGGUGACUGCCCCUCCGCAGGGGAGCGGCGGCGGGCGCUCCGCUCCUCCGGGCAGGAUGGUGGACCUGGACAGCGAGGUGCCCCCGCUCCCCCCGCGGUACCGGUUUCGGGACUUGCUGCUGGGCGACCAGGGCUGGCAGAGCGACGACAGUUCACAGGUCACAGUAUGAGUCCAGGAAAAAACAACAAAGGUGCAAGUUGAAUUCUAUAUGAAUGAAAACACAUUUAAAGAGAGACUAAAGCUCUUCUUCAUCAAAAACCAAAGAUCAAGUCUGAGAAUACGAUUAUUCAAUUUUUCUCUCAAGCUAUUAAGCUGUUUCUUAUACAUAGUUCGUGUGCUCCUGGAUGAUCCUACACAAGGACUUGGAUGUAAGGAAUUAAACCAGAGUUGUUCCAGUCAAAACUACACACCUGGAACGAUCGAUUGGUCUCCUAUUAUUUGGGUGAAUCGAAGCUUGCCUUUAUGGGCAUUACAGGUUUCUGUGGCUUUAAUAAGUCUCCUUGAAACUCUGCUGCUGAGUUAUCUAAGCUACAAGGGAAAUAUCUGGGAACAAAUUCUGAGAAUACCUUUUCUCCUGGAAAUAAUUAAUGCUGUCCCUUUCAUCAUCACGAUUUUCUGGCCAGUCCUAAGAAACCUGUUUAUUCCUGUAUUUUUAAAUUGUUGGCUGGCAAAGCAUGCAUUAGAGAAUAUGAUUAAUGAUCUUCACAGAGCCAUCCAACGCACACAGUCUGCAAUGUUUAACCAAGUCCUCAUUUUAAUAUCUACCUUACUAUGUCUUAUCUUCACUUGUAUUUGUGGAAUUCAGCAUCUGGAACGAGCAGGAAACAGGUUGACUCUCUUUGACUCCCUUUAUUUCUGCAUAGUGACAUUUUCCACUGUGGGCUUUGGGGAUGUUACACCCAAGAUAUGGCCUUCAAAGCUGCUUGUUGUCAUUAUGAUCUGUGUUGCUCUUGUGGUGUUGCCCAUACAGUUUGAACAGCUGGCAUAUUUGUGGAUGGAGAGACAAAAGUCUGGUGGUAACUACAGUCGACACAGAGCUCAGACUGAAAAACAUGUUGUGCUAUGUGUCAGCUCUCUGAAGAUUGACUUACUUAUGGAUUUCUUAAAUGAAUUCUAUGCUCACCCCAGAUUACAGGACUAUUAUGUCGUUAUUUUGUGUCCUACUGAGAUGGAUGCUCAGGUCCGAAGGGUGUUACAAAUCCCAAUGUGGUCCCAAAGAGUUAUCUAUCUGCAAGGCUCAGCACUAAAAGAUCAAGACCUGUUGAGAGCUAAGAUGGAUGACGCUGAAGCUUGUUUCAUUCUGAGUAGCCGCUGUGAGGUGGACCGGACAGCAGCUGAUCAUCAAACCAUUUUAAGAGCAUGGGCAGUUAAAGACUUUGCUCCAAAUUGUCCUUUGUAUGUCCAAAUACUGAAACCUGAGAAUAAAUUCCACAUCAAGUUUGCAGAUCAUGUUGUGUGUGAAGAGGAAUUCAAGUAUGCUAUGCUAGCUCUGAAUUGUAUAUGUCCAGCUACCUCCACAUUAAUCACACUGCUGGUUCAUACAUCUAGGGGACAAACAGCCCCAUGGGAAGCUUUCAGACAACUAACUGGAACCAAGCAGACCUUAAACAGGGAGAGUCAGCAAUCAUCGGAACAAUGGCAGAAAAUGUAUGGGAGAUGCUCUGGUAAUGAAGUGUAUCAUAUUCACUUGGAAGAAAGUACUUUUUUUGCUGAGUAUGAGGGGAAAAGCUUCACAUAUGCUUCUUUCCAUGCACAUAAAAAGUUUGGAGUCUGUCUGAUUGGUGUUAGAAAGGAAGAUAACAAAAACAUUUUGCUGAAUCCAGGUCCUCGAUAUAUCAUGAAUUCUACAGAUAUAUGCUUUUAUAUAAAUAUCACCAAAGAAGAGAAUUCUGCUUUUAAGAAGCACGAAAAGCAUAGAAAAAAACAUGAAUCAAAGUUAUCUUAUCAUGGAGCUUCUAGGUUACCAGUACACAGUAUAAUAGCCAGCAUGGGGACAGUGGCUAUUGAUUUACAAGAUACAGGAUGCCGAACAUCCAGCGGACCUACACUAGCUCUUCCUUCCGAGGGAGGUAAAGAGGGCAGACGGCCCAGCAUAGCACCUGUUUUGGAAGUUGCAGACUCAUCCUCACUGCAGACCUGUGACCUGCUCAGUGACCAGUCAGAAGAUGAAACUACCCCAUCAGAUGAUGAAGUCUCUGCAGGCUUAGAGUAUGCCAAAGGCUAUCCUCCUUACUCUCCAUAUAUUGGAAGCUCUCCCACAUUUUGUCAUCUUCUGCAUGAAAAAGUACCAUUCUGUUGUCUAAGACUAGAUAAGGGAUGCCAACAUAACUACUAUGAAGAUGCCAAAGCCUAUGGAUUCAAAAAUAAAUUGAUUAUAGUUGCAGCAGAAACUGCUGGAAACGGCUUAUAUAACUUUAUUGUUCCACUCCGAGCUUAUUAUCGACCAAAGAAAGAACUAAAUCCCAUUGUAUUACUCCUGGAUAACCCGCCAGAUAUGCAUUUUCUGGAUGCAAUCUGUUGGUUUCCAAUGGUUUACUACAUGGUGGGCUCUAUCGACAACCUAGAUGACUUAUUAAGAUGUGGGGUCACCUUUGCAGCUAAUAUGGUGGUGGUCGACAAAGAAAGUACAAUGAGUGCCGAGGAAGACUACAUGGCAGAUGCUAAGACUAUUGUAAAUGUUCAAACGCUCUUUAGGUUGUUCUCAAGCCUAAGCAUUAUUACAGAACUAACUCACCCAGCCAAUAUGAGAUUCAUGCAGUUCAGAGCCAAAGACUGCUAUUCUCUUGCUCUAUCCAAACUAGAAAAGAAAGAGCGGGAGAAGGGAUCCAAUCUGGCAUUUAUGUUUCGACUGCCCUUUGCUGCCGGCAGGGUUUUCAGCAUCAGUAUGUUGGAUACGCUGCUUUAUCAGUCAUUUGUGAAAGAUUAUAUGAUUUCUAUCACAAGACUUCUGCUGGGACUUGAUACCACACCAGGAUCUGGGUUUCUUUGUUCUAUGAAAAUCACAGAAGAGGAUCUAUGGAUUAGGACAUAUGCCAGACUAUAUCAGAAACUUUGUUCUUCUACAGGAGACAUUCCAAUUGGAGUCUAUAGGACAGAAUCCCAAAAGCUUACAACAUCUGAGUCUCAAAUCUCUAUCAGUGUGGAAGAAUGGGAAGACACUAAAGACAUCAAAGAACAGAUUAGUUAUCGUAAUAAUCAUCGUAACUCAACAUCCAGUGAUCAGUCUGAUCAUCCCUUGUUAAGACGAAAAAGCAUGCAGUGGGCCCGACGGCUGAGCAGGAGAGUACCAAGACACUCCGGUAAAACAGCUGAGAAGAUAAACCAGCAGAGAAUGAACCUUUACAGAAGGUCAGAAAGACAGGAGCUUGCUGAACUUGUGAAAAACAGAAUGAAGCAUCUGGGCCUUUCUCCAGCAGGAUAUGAUGCAAUGAACGACCAUCAGAACACUCUUUCUUACAUCCUGAUCAAUCCUUCUCCAGAUACAAGACUAGAGCUGAAUGAUAUAGUGUACUUGAUCCGACCUGAUCCAUUGGCUUAUGUUCCAAAUACUGCACCAAGCCGAAAAGACAGCUUCUGCAAUACAGUGGGACAAGACACCAGGGAGGAAACGCAACUUUGAUAUGUAACGCAUCACAAAAUUAAGAGACAAUUUUAUACACAUGUCGUUUCCACUAACCAUUUUGAAAACUGAGUGGUACAUUUUAUGCAGAUUUUGGAAACAAAAUGGCAGUGGGUAAGUGACCAAAUUUAGAAAUACGGUGUCUAGAAACUCUGACAUAAGGGAUUGUCAGGCUUGUGGCCUGUUCAAUAUGUAGUUGAACUUUGUCAGCUUAACAGAAUUACUGCUAUUUAAUCAAUAUGAACAAAUUAUUUUAAAAGUGACAGAUUCCAUCAUGCGUUUUGCUUAGACGCACCUAAGCAUAUUUAUCAAGGUGACAGAAUGUCAGUGACUAAGCUUCUGACCUACGUCAGUAAAGAUUAUCUGACGUCUGUAGAGACACCAUGCAUAAUUUGUAGUAGAAAAUUUAUUAAUAUCUAAAGCUGCCAACAAGACUUUGUGUGUCAAGAAUCCAGCCUUUGAAAUAUUUUUCAAUCUCAGCCUGUCACCCACUCAUGUUAGAACAGGUUAUUUUCAGUGCCAUUUUAGCCUCCAGGACUUGAGCGUUAGUUCUCUGUGUUUGCACAGGUCAGGUUGAAUGACACAACCUAGUCUCACCUUAGAGGUUGCGAUCCGAGGCAUAGCCACUGACAGAUUAGCUCAGAGGAGCCCACCAGGAGGAAAGUCCCUGUCAUCUCACACAGGCAGCCCCCUGCAUUUGCAAAAACUGGGAAGGUACUAUCUGUGUGAUGCUGCAAACACUGGUAGCUCAGGUAAAAUAUAACCCUUUUAACCUUAAUGAGUUUGUCAAUAGAAGCCUGAAGAGAUUAUGAUACAAAAGUGAGAGCAUCCCUCUAAGGAAGGAUUCAUACCCCAAGUCCUUCCUAUUUCCAUGAAUAUGCCAGAACUGCAACUGUCCAAACUAUGUUCAUGCCUGGUCAUUCAGAUUAUCCCAAAGUGAUACAUUUUCAUAUGAAAUUAUGUAUCGCAUUGAAACUGAAAGAAAUUUAUAAUCCAUUCCAUAAAACUAAUGUAGUACCCCACUACGUGAAAAGGCAUCAUGGAUUUGAAGAUUCCGUUUUGGCAUUAAGUACACAAGAAGCAUCUGCUAAUGUAUGAAACACAUGAAUCUGCUUGAGAAUCUCCAGUAUACACGUGCAAGAAUGCCACAGUUGGUCAAGCUUUCUACAGAAUUAAGCACGCCUGUACAUUAUCUUCCAAAACAACAUUCUUGCUUUGCCCUCUGUCACAAAGGGGGAAGAGCAUGCUUAAGGUAAAAACCCCUACUGUUACAAUUACCUAUAUAGAAUUGGUACAAGAAAUUCGGCAGGUAGUCUACAAUGGAAAAAAUGAUUCUUCUUUGAAUUCUCUUCAUGUCCUACGCGUACAAAAAUUCAGUCAAAAUUGUUUACAUUCUCUUCUACAUUAUUUGGUAGAACAACUAUAAUUUAUUUCUGAAAAAUAAAAUAGCAAGUUGCCCAGUGAACAACUCAUGGAUGUGAGUAUGCUUAUCAGCAUUGUAAGGAUGUUGAAAUCAGGUCACAUUCACAUUAGGAAUGAGAGCAAAUCUGCUAUUGUUCCCUCCCUUCCUCUUAAUUCUUCCAAAAUUAAUUAAUCUGUUCCAUAUUAAGUCAGAAAAACCUAAUCAUUCAUAAAAAAAAACAAAGAGGACUUUCAGUGGACUGAAGCUAUCAGAAGACCCAGAGUACCAGUUUCAAAAGAAAAAAGGAUAACUGGAAAGCAGGGUUUCUCAGCAAUUUUUUAAUACUGACAUAUUAAAGUAGCAUCAUGGUUCAGAAGGGUUUCGGUUACUCUGCACAGAGUCCAUUAUUUUUCCACACACACUACUCAUUUAUGAAAUUAUUCACAGGCAAAGACAAAGCAUUUCAGAUGUUCCCUCUGGACACUGUGGAGAAAAGAAACAACUGAAAUAGCUGCACAGACUGAAGUCUACAGUUCUUUAAAAAACAGUAUAUGGUACAGGAUCUUGUCCAAGACCUGUCACAGACGUUACUCCAGAAGAGAUCACAUGCGCAGUGUGAAUAACUUCCUAUUUUUAAUGCCUUUGGUGAGAAGACUGUAUUCCAGCUGAGUAUUUUAAAAAAAAAAUACAAGGAUCCUUUGUUUCAUACUGAAGGCCUUUCUAACAGAGUCUCAACUAUGCAGACAGGGUUCCAGAAACAUGCCUGCCCUUCAGCUGGCAACUAGAUACUCUGCUUUCAGUGUCAUUCACACACUGUUCACAGGCUUUCCCUGUACCCUGCCUAUAGAACCCACCACAGAUCUAAGGACUGUCUGCCACAAGGAUCCACGGCUGGGAUAUGAUGCCUUGCAUUUAACAGCCUAUAAAGCGGAAGAAACAAGCAGUCAGGUGUAUCCAUUUCCCCCCGCCCCCAGCUCAGCAGAAUUGCUACUCAGCUGGAGUUGAAUAGUAGCAUCUAAUGUGACCUGAUAUAUCUCCAGGCUUAAUGAAUUUCCAGUUGCUCAUUAGCCCCAGAAGAUCUGCUAAAGCAAGCACAAAGACAGCUGGAGAUACUUACAAUCUCUAAAAUGAACGAAAGGCAAUCUUUCCAAAUGAAAUAAUUGGUUCUCUUCAAAAUCUGCUGGAAGAUAAGCAAGGUAAUAAAAACUAACAACAGCUCCUUAUGAAACAAGUUCUAAUAACCCAUUAAUAAUAUUCCACAAAGUUAUGUUAUUCAAAAUAUACUGCCUUUCAUGUUGAAAGCAGAACAGCUUUGCUUUCUCUGGCAUAUCUUCACAGGUAUACACCAUUGUAGUGAGACUGAGGCCUUCCAAGAACUAUCCUAAGCACCUCUACAUUAACUCUGAAUGAGACAGUACGCACAUUCCUUCAAUGGCUGGGAAGGCGAUUCUUUAAUGGUCAUCCUACAGGCAAUCUUAUGUUAUCAUGCUUUCUUCUCAUCAUGGUUAUCAGAAACAUAAUACAAGUCCAGCUGGACUGGAGCCCAGCUUGAGGAACAGUAAUUGCUAGGCUCGGUGCCGGAGAAGGAAUGCUGAAGUUCUACAGUCAGCAGGUUCAAAUGACUGUUUUGUCUCAUCAUAGUUCACUCAGUAGAUAGAAAUUUAGAGCUAUGAUCACCAACAUAACCAAGAAAUUUAAUCCUAAACCAGUUGUCAAAGGUCAAAUGGCCAGAAAACCUGUAUUACUUUCUCUCAAUCAAAAAAAAAAGGAUGGUUUCAAUCUGUGCUUAACUGUAUGUAUUUUUUUUUCCUCCUAACUCAAAGAUGCCCAUCUUCCUCAACACCACCUUAACACAUACCAAGCAAUUUGGUACCCAAAGUCACAAUCCCGGUGAAGAAAGCGAUAGCAGAUAAUAAUUACUUCAUUCUCACAAGGGAAUUCUCCAGCGAAGCGACACCUACCUAUGAAAACUGUUACCUAGUCUGCAAUAAAAAGUCACAAAAAGUGUUUCAGUGGAAUGCAGUGUGUUUCCUUAACUAUUUCUUUCCAAUUUCCGAACACACAUUAAUUCACUUAUGAAGUAAAAAGCAUACAGUUUGAGUUUUUAAAACCUGCGGCUGAAUGAGUUAGUGAAGUUUUCGUUACAUUUUUGACUUCGAAAUUAAAAGGACAGUUAUUUCCCAGCAUAAGUUUUUCCCCUCCCACAAACAGCUUCCCACCUCAGCUACUCUUUACUGACUUUAAAGCGUACAAAUAUAUAUAUUACUGAAUAUUUCUUAUACAUCUUUUUUUACCAAUGAACCAGUAAAUCGCUAAAGAACAAAUAGAUUUCAGGCUUCAGCAGUAGAGGAAAAUGGAAAUUACAUCAAGUGCACCAGAAGUAACGCAAAAUUCUGUAGUUCCUGGGCAGGUAGGGCUGACAGCAACCCUUCUGUAAUUCUGGAGCAGUGAUGCAUGAGGUUUUGCUGCAUUGAAUCACACUUGAUAUCUGGAGUUCCUCAGGGGUCAGUACUGGGGCCAGCACUGUUUAACAUCUUUUCAGCAACAUGGACAGUGAGAUCGAGUGCACCCUCAGCAAGUUUGCUGAUGACACCAAGCUGUUGUGGCACGGUCGACACACUGGAGGGAAGGGAUGCCAUCCAGAGGGACCUGGACAGGCUGGAGAGGUGGGCCCCGUGCGAAUGUCAUGAAGUUCAACAAGGCCAAGUAUAAGGUCCUGCACGUGGGUCAGGGCAAUCCCAGGCACAAAUACAGGCGGGGCAGAGAAUGGCUUGACAGCAGCCCUGAGGAGAAGGACUUGCGGGUGUUGGUGGAUGAGAAGCUCAACAUGAACCAGCAAUGAAAGCCAGCCGCAUCCUAGGCUGCAUCUAAAAAAGCACGGCCAGCAGGUCGAGGGAAGUUAUUCUGCCCUUCUACCCGGCUCUGGUGAUACCCCACCUGGAGUACUGCGUCCAGUUCUGGCAUCCUCAGCACAAGAAGGACAUGGACCUGUUGGAAUGGGUCCAGAGGAGGGCCAUGAGGAGGCUGGAUCAGAGGUCUGGAGCACCUCUGCUAUAAGGACAGGCUGAGAGAGUUGGGUUUCAUCAGCCUGGAGAAGAGAAGGCUCUGGGGAGACCUUAUAGCAGCCUACCAGUACCUAAAGGGGGCCUACAGGAAAAAUGGGGAGGGACUCUCUAUAACGGAGUGUAGGGAUAGGAUGAAGGGUAACGGUUUUAAACUGAAAGAGGGGAGAUUUAGAUUAGAUAUUAGUAAUAAAUUCUUUACUGUGAGGGUGGUGAGACACUGUAACUGGCUGCCCUGAGAAGUUGUGGAUGCUCCAUUCGUGGAAAUGUUCAAGGCCAGGUUGGAUGAGGCUUUGAGUAACCUGGUCUGGUGGGAGGUGUCCCUGCCCAUGGCAGGGGAGUUGGAACUAGAUGAUCUUCAAGAUCCCUUCCAACCCGAACCAUUCUAUGAAAUCAGUCAUUACAAUCUGGAAAGGAAUAUAAACAAUCAUCACUGUUAGUGACAUCAAGUUGUACAAGGUUAUAAAAAAUACUUUUUUAAGGCAGUGAUAUAAAUGCAAAUUUAUAAAUAAAGCAAUUGCAUAAAAUAUUGUUGCAUAUUCUUGAUAUUAUAUUAGAAACAGACCACCUCAUUUUGAAACAGACAUACAUUGAAUAAAUGUCUAAGACCUGCACUUAAAUUUUCAGCCACCGU